GUUACAACCAGGGACUUUUUAGGAGAAACUUCGGUUAUUUUGACUUCGUUCAACAACUAAGGCCUUAGUCAAAGCUGUAGGGGAAGUGAUCGUGUGCUAUGAGAUAUCUCAUACCAAGGCUAGGCUAUGAACGCGUAUUUUCUAAACGAGAUAUGAGCAAAGAAACCAAACCCGAACCCCUUGGACAAAAUCCGAAUAAAUCAAAACCCUCAUUAAUUAUCUCUAUACGAUGGGCGUACUAGCUCUCAUCGUCAUCAACAAGGCCGGCGGUCUCAUCUACAACCGCACCUUUGGCGAUGGCCUGAACCAGCUGAACACGAAUGACUACCUCGUACUUGCUGGCACUUUCCACGGAGUCCACGCCAUCACAGCCCGUCUCAACCCGCUGAAAGGGCUAAUGAAUGCCCAACACCACCAGCAUCAAGCGGCGCUGACCGCGGGAGGCGUGCCGAUACCAAGCCGGCCGGAUCCGCCCUCGGGUCUCGAGGUCAUGGAGACGGAGAACUUCCGGCUGCAGUGCUUCAACACGUUGACGGGCACCAAGUUUCUGCUGUUCACGGAUACGAUGCAGACCAACGUCGACAUCACCAUACGCAAGAUCUACGACUUGUAUUCCGACUACGUCAUGAAGAACCCUUUCUACCAGCUGGAAAUGCCUAUCCGCUGCGAAACCUUCGACAGGAAGCUGAACUCGUAUAUCAGGGAGAUUAACAACUCCCGAUAAUGCAGAGGCUUACUGACCUGGUAGGUAUUGCACGGGUUUCUCUUGCGGACUCACCUUUAGGCAUAGGAGGAGAGGGGGGUCUGACGACUUGACGGGGGCGGAAUUAGGAAGGCUUAGCUAUCUAGAGUUGCAUCAUGGCAUGGCGUUUGGAGUUAACAAACAGACUUGGAUUUCAUUA